AUGAGGCUUCUUCUGCGCGCCAGCUUGCCCGACCUUGCCAGCUUCGCUUCAUGUUGUUCAUCACGAAAUCGCUUGUGGAGGGAGCUGCCGUCCGAACUGCCUCGCCGCCUGUCGAAUUCACUCCAUUUGCCCAUCUACUCUCCCGUCGGAUCGCUUGGUCUCGCUUGCGCAUUGCUAAUUGCAGGUGUCCUCGUUGACCUUUACAUUCCCCGCCACUGCGCUGCCACUGGUCGCCUGAUCACCUCCAAGGACCACGCCUCGGUCCAGAUCAUGGUCGCCGACGUUGACGCCGAUGGCAAGGCCAUCAAGGGCAAGAACCACACCUACGCCCUCUGCGGUGAGGUCCGCGCCAUGGGCGAGGCCGACGACUCGCUCAACCGCCUCGCUACCCAGGACGGCCUCCUCCAGCACGUCUGGUCGUACUCGAGGUAA